AUGGCGAACCAGGCCCAACAGCAUGAGGCAAGAGCCUUACUUGCUCUACUGGUAAAGGACCUAGAAGUCAGAGACCUCGAACAGAAGCGACUCGAAGAGACGUUGGUCAACCUGAAAGUCUUGGGGCGCAAUGUCAACAAUGUCUCCAGCAUCUACAACGAUGAGGGUAUCAAGACACUGGGGAGCUAUGCCUUUGGCGAUUUCCCUCAUUCAGUUCGCCAGGAAGCCCUGAGAUGCAUCGCAAAUGCUCUCCUCUUGAUCCCAGCAACUCGCAAGUCUUCGCUCAAAGUCGAGCUCGACCAGAAAGCAACCGAUGCACUACAUGAUGCAAACGACGAUGACGAAUUUCUUCUAUCGCGGAUACUGUUCCUGUUGACUUACGACCCUGGCAUUGACAUGAAGACCUUAAUAGCAGAUCACGAUCUGGCAAAAGCCAUCGUGAAGCAGCUUUCGCGUCAUGCAGAUGAGGCGAAGAAGUCUUCACCUAAGAGCCCGGCUGGCCAGGGCAAUAUGGCACUGAUGGAAACCCUGAAGCUUCUUUUCAACGCCACGAGUAUCAAGACCGAUCAAGAUGCAAAAUUUCAACCUGCUGUCGUUGAGCUCUUCCGCCUCCUCCUUCGCCUAGACGUUCCGUCCCCAGCGCUUCAGCCGCCGAUGAGCCUGCUCGUGAACGCUUUGGCCAACCUGGAUAUGGGCCCUGAGAUGGUGAAGGCUAGCGAGGUAGAACCUGCAGUGGACAAAUUGAUGACGAUCCUAGAACAGGCCAUCCAAGAGCACUCGUCGACAGAAUUGGACACGGUUGCGAUUCCACUCUUGACUGUCCUGAGGAGAAUCAACGAGGUUGCAAGUCCCGACCUCCGCAGAAGGAUGAAGGCACGGCUCUUGCCCAACGAUGAGGAAAGAGAUCAACCCUUAGGGAAAUCAUCUUCAUUUGCGUCCCGGCUUCUGCGGCUAACUACGUCUUCGGGGAUGUUGAACUUGUCUGAAGCCAUCUCUGGGCUUAUGUUUGAGCUUUCCGACAAAGACGCUAACGAAUACGUCAAGAAUGUGGGAUACGGCUAUGCUGCAGGUUAUUUGAUGACCCAUAAGAUCCCUGUCCCUGAAAGUGCAAAGAAGUCGCAUAUUCCGGGCGAAUCCUCUAACGAGGUGCCCAUCAACCCCAUCACUGGACAGAGGCUUGACAAGGAGCAACCGAUCGAACUGCCAGAAAUGACACGAGAAGAAAAAGAACGAGAAGCCGAGAGAAUGUUUGUGUUGUUCGAGAGACUCAAACGGACCGGGGUGGUAAACGUCAAGAACCCAGUGGAAGUAGCCAACGAUGAAGGCAGGUUUGAGGAGCUCAGUGAUUCUGAGCCAGAGUGA